AUGUCGGCAGCAAAUUCACAGCUCAAUUCAAGGAGAAAUUCAAUCCAUGCCUCCAUAAGCACACCCCAGACACCUGUCUCGAAUCCUUUCUCGAAUCCUUUCACAUCUCCGACUCGUCUUAGUCGUACUGCCUCACAAGAUGAGCGAAGACCAUAUUCAUACUUCCCCGCAGUAUCUGGAGUACAUAUACCUCGACAAAGAAAGUUUAAGAGCGCACGAUUCAAGGGUGGAGAGUACGAGAAGCCAUGGACCGAGAUUCCAGAGCCUCGCAAGAAGUGGGAGAAAAUCAUCUUCUGGGCGUCGAUUGCCAUCGGUUUCGCCCUUGGUGGUCUCAUCUGCUUCGUGUCCAUCUCGUCGAUUGCAAAUCAUUCAUACUGUCUUCUAAUGGAAGAUAACUUUCAAACCAUUGACACAAAUUUUUGGAGCUAUGAGAUCCAGCGUGGUGGCUUCGGAUCAGGGUCCUUCGAAUGGACAACUGAUGACCCAAAGAAUGCGUAUGUGGACGGUGAAGGACUUCAUAUUGUUCCAACAUUUACCACCGAGUCCACUGAUAUCACUCUUGAACAACUAACCGACAACUAUGUCCUGAAUCUAACCACCGAUGGAGUUUGCACUGCCCAAGAGAUCGACAGCUGCUCAGUGCGCAGCAACAUCACAGCCGGGACCAUCAUCAAUCCUGUGCGCAGUGCUCGCUUGUCCACCAAGGGGAAGAAGUCCCUGAGAUAUGGAAAGGUCGAGGUUGUCGCAAAGAUGCCUCGAGGAGAUUGGUUGUGGCCUGCAAUCUGGAUGAUGCCUGAGGCCGACGUUUACGGAAAAUGGCCUCGCAGUGGGGAGAUUGACAUUGCCGAGAGCAGAGGUAAUUCCGGCGACACCUAUACCGAUGGAAGAGACAGCUUGAUUGGUGCCUUACAUUGGGGUCCCGUAUCGGAGAAGGAUGCCUUCUACAAAACCAGCGGCAAGCACAACCUUCGACGGACAGACUACUCCGAGGCCUUUCAUACCUUCGGACUCGAGUGGAGUGAGAACUACCUCUUUACAUACAUAGACAGCAGACUUCUGCAAGUUUUCUUUGUUAAAUUUAACCUCCAUUAUGACAACAUGUGGGAGCGUGGUGGAUUUGGCAAGGCCACGCUUAACAAUUCUGCUCUCUUCGAUCCUUGGUCACAGACAGGCAGGGCGAACACUCCAUUCGAUCAAAACUUCUUCCUCAUACUUAACGUUGCUGUUGGUGGUACCAACGGCUUCUUCAAGGAUGGUGUUGGAAACAAACCUUGGGGCGAUGCAUCACUCACCGCUCCAAAGGAAUUCUGGGAUGCCCAGGCACAGUGGGCUCAGACAUGGGGUCCAGGGGAUACUCGAGGCAUGACCGUCAAGAGCGUCAAGAUGUGGACUGAGGGAACUUGUGGAAGCGCGUAA